AUGCCUGUUUUCCACACCAAAAUUAUCGAAACGAUCUUGGAGCCCGUAGCCCAACAGGUAGGAGGUGAUUUAACAGACAGACGAGUAUCCUGCGUUCAGAUAUUUAACUGUGUCUAAUUAUUCUAACUGUUAUUUGUACAGUAUUUUAUACAGAUACUCGUUUGUGUUAACACCAUUGUCUGUUUUCCUUAGCUUUUUCGCGCAGUUGUCUGAUACCAACGCUUUCAACUUGGGGUCUUGAGUUUAAAUUUUUAGUGGACAGAUUUUGUAAACACUGUCUAGAUCUUAAAUUCCAGAACGUGACUGAAGAGUGAAAAAAAAUCCCUUAUCGAUUUUACGAUAUUUGUGGACGAUCGAUCUCAAAGGAGGGGUUACUUUUUUAUAUGAGACACUACUGGUUGUAGUUCCGCUGAAAGCUUCGAGAGGCUUUCAAUAUUUUUUUUUCCAGUUUACAAGUUUUACAUACAAGCUCUUGUAGAGUCUUUUGUUAUGUAAAAUAAACAAUAUGAAAGGGUAGUUGACUGUUCUUUUAAUCCUGACUAAAAAGUAAACAUUAAUUUUUUACUCUGAAAAGGGCUAAUUGCUGCACAUAGUAAACAGUUUUGAAGUAAGAACCCUGAAAAUAUGUAUUUACUUCCCUGCUCCUGUUUAAUAUUUUUUAAAAUAAGCUUACAUGUUUUGAAAUUCAAGUUAGCUCAUGAGUGAUAUUUUUACCAGUUUUGAAUCUAAUUUUUCAAGUCAUGGAAUUUCAACAGACGUUAGUGUCUGUGCAUAGUGGAAAAAUGUCAAGGAGCUAGACAGGAAAAAUAAGGGAUGUAUUUUUUAAAAAAAAUUGAAACAAGUUUUUUUAAAUAACAUUUAUUCAGCAAAUAUAGGUGGAUGGGUUUAAGUAAUGCAAGUCUUAUUACAGGCUGUAAGUUACUCUUAUAUAUCGGUCAUGAGUUAUCAGUUUUUAUAUGAUGAGUGUAAUAGUGUCCAUUAGUCUUGUUAUCAGGUAUAUUCCCAAACUUGGAUAUGCAGGGAGUACCCCAUGGGAAAUCAAUGAUCAGAAAACCUGAUACUUCCAAGGAGGUGUCAGAUUAAUGCAGUUUGACUUUUUUGGAAAUUGGUCAGUAUUUCAGUUGGAAGUCAAUGGUACAGUGGAGACCUGCAAAAUUAUUUGUUUUUGAGAAAUACAUGAAUUUUUAACGGAGAAAUCACCCCACAUAAUAAACUGAUUAUUGGGGUCCCUGUAUCCCCAUCUUGACCCAUGUCCGGUUACACUGUUUUGCAUGAAAGCAUCAUUGUUUUUGCUUCCACUAUUAUGUGAGGUUAUGUUUGCAUCAGUUGUCUACCUGACUGCAAGUAGAGUUUUGUUUGCAUAUGUUACAGGUCAAAAUUAUAUUCACUAGGUUGAUUCUCAAUUUCCUUGAUAUCCUUGCCUUAAUUCAUGAAUAAUCAGGGCUAGGAGACAAAGGAAACUGAGAAUCAACCCGGGUUAAAACAUUUUAACCUGAAUUUAAUUUUGACCUGUGAUAAUACUAUGUGACUGUUUCGUGCCAUGAUUAUUUUUCUAAUGUCUGCACUGCUUGGUUAUUCUUAAGGUUUCCACACUAGUUAUCCUUCAUGAAGAAGCUGAAGAUGGCAAAGCAAUGCCUGAUUUGGCAUUACCAGUGCAAGCUGUUGGCACAGCUGUUCAGAAUCUUGUCAAGGUUUGUAUUGAUGUAAAUUGUUCCUUAAAAAUGAGAUUUCAAAAGUAGCAACUCUUCUUCGAUGAAUGCACAGUUGACAUAAUUCGAGUAAGGUGAUUAUUUCAAAUAUUGCUCAUUGGAAGUCGUUCCCUAAACAUUUUGUUUUAUUUUCCAAUUAAAUAAAAAAUGAUAACAUCAAAUGUACUGAACAUGGGCUUUUUAAGUGUUCCAACAAAUCAGUUUUCAGAGUUUGAAUAGUGACUGAUCAGCUUUGCUGGAUCACAUUACACUUCAAUUUGACAGGGAGGAGGUAAAAGAUAGCGAGAGGGGCAGUGGGUGGGUGGGGGGUCGAUUAUUCCUAUGCAAUUAAUAGAGGGACGGCUAUUUUUCAAGGAAAUACUGUACAUGAAGAACUGUUAGUGUUAGACAACAUGGAGCAUAAUAUAUCUUAACUUAGAAAUUGCAUUCAGUUACAUCUCUUUUAAACCUCUCCUGGGUAAAGACCUGCUGUGGUUUGAUUCUUAGCCCCUGUAAGCGACUCACUGAAACUCCUCAAUUUGGGUGGUCUCUUACGUGAGGUUCACCUUUAUUUGUUGCAACAUUGUAACCUCCUUUUCUCUCCAGGUGGGUAAAGAAACAGCAGCAUCCAGUAAAGAUGAAAUUCUCAAACAAGAAAUGCCACUUGCUUUUAAAAGAGUGGAAGAGUCCUCUAUUCUCCUAGUGGAAGCAUCUCAAAUUUUACGACAAGAUCCUUACUCAUCCACUGCUCGUAAGAAGUUAAUUGAUGGUGCUCGUGGUAAGUGAUCCUAUACAUAUAAGUUACUGGUACUUUCUAUUUCAAUAAUUUAUUGAUGGACUCCACCAGUCUCCCACAGAUCACAAAAAGCCCAGAAAAUUGUUGUUGAAAAUUAUUUUUUCUUAUCAGUCUGUUGAGCUUCAUGGUUUAUGAUCCAGUCUAGUUAUUGUUCGUCUGUAAGGAUCAACUUUUAUAUGUUAUUUAUGUUGCUGGACGUUAUAGAAAUUAACUACAUUUUAAAACUGCUGUAGUUGUAAAUUCUUGUCCCCUUGAUGUUCAUCCUUAUUAUUUCAGGCAUUCUUUCGGGAACAUCAGCAUUGCUGCUGACAUUUGAUGAAGCAGAGGUGAGAAAAAUUCUAAAAGUUUGCCGAGGAGUUCUAGAAUACCUAUCUGUUGCUGAAAUUGUGGAAAGUAUGGAGGAACUUGUCACAUUUGUGAAGAAUCUAACACCAGGAAUAACUGAAAUGGCAAAAAAGGUUGAAGCUAGAAUUGAUGAGCUGACACAUCAGGUACAUGCUGAAAUGCUGAAGAAAUCCAUCACUACUGUUAAGGCAAUGACCACUCAGCUGAUCACUUCAAUCAAGACUUAUGUUUUGACUGUGCAAAGAGGUAAAUUUAAAGUCUUUUUAAUUUAAUAAUUAAACUACAAAUUAAAAAAAACUAAAUUGAAUUAAAUACCUGUUGUCAAUCAGGUUUUUAAUUAUUAAAAACCUGAUUGACAACAGGUAUUUAUUUACCAUAAUGUGUACUUGAAUUGUUUUGUUGAAGAACCUUGAGUUGGUGCUGAAUAUCUCAACAGGACAGUGUUUCAUUACUUUUGAAGUAUUCAGGGUGCUAUGUUGGUCUUCAGUACAAUGGUGAAUAGUGCUUUUAAAAUUCAAUUUCACUGAUUUCACCUGGUAGUUUCCAAUUUCAUUUCCAGACAAGACUUCUGGUGUAUUUUACGGCAAUACCCAUUUAUGAGCCUCCAGUGGCUUUUACUUACGUGGUGGCUUAUUGUUAAUAAGAUGGUUUGUUUUGCAUUUCUAAUUAUUCGGCAGGGCUUACAAAUGUAUAAUGUGUCAUUUUAUGGUGUUAGCUUUUGGGUGAGUGUGUAAAAAUAAAAAAUCAAGUCGUGACUAGCUGAAUUUUAAAAAUAGAUCAUCACAUCUCUGAAAGAAGUUCCCCAUUUUUUAAGUUUUAUGUCAUUUUUAGUGAUGACUGCCUGCCAUUUGUUCCAUAAUGUGCAGUGGCUUUCAACAUGGGAUAAACAUACACCGUAUUCACAAAUGGCGGACACGCGGGAAAAAACUGGUGCCUGGUCAUGAAAGCGGGGCGUUGGAGGAUAAACAAAAAUUGCAAAUGAAGACUUUCAGUGAACUUGCAGAGUGUUUAGCACGGAUUCCACCUAAAAUAACUUUGUACGGACUUCUUUUUAAAUACAAUUACGUGGGAUGUCUUCUGCCUUUAAUGUUUAGUAGUGAUGUGCUGUUUGCAAUCAAAAUGGACGCGUAUAUCUUCAAGGAAACAGGAUGAUUUUGUAGGUUUCCGAAGAAUCAGAAGCUCGAAAAGUGGACGAUCGCCGGAGAAAAGCGGCAAACAUGUUAGCCCAAACUUCACAUUGAAACCGAGUAUGAAAGCCAGCUCACUGCAAUUCGGUGAAACAGAAAUAUAAACAAAUGUUGGUGGCAAGAAAAAGAGAAAUCAGCGACAGAUAUAUGGCCUACUUAGAAGAGGUGACUGAGGUUUCGAUGAAGUUAUGUUUGGUUUUUGUUUGCCAGGACGUUAUUCUCUGGUCUUUAUCGAUGAAGGACAUCAAUUAGAACUAUUUUUUUAGUAUAAAUGCAGGAGCAAUCGAGUGGAGUACGCUCAAAAUUUCAACAUGUUACUCGGCAGACUAAGUAAGCCGGCCACAUAUCAUUUCAGCGAGUAAUUUCGUAUUUCUUAUCUUUGGCUGUUAAGACUUUUAACUUAAUGUUUCAUAAUAUUUUAAAGUUGAAGAAUACAUAAAUAAAUAAAAUGAUGGUCUUCUUAAAUGGAUCCAGACUCCAAUUUAACUAUUUGAAACAGAAGCUUGCCGUGUUCAUUCCUGACACAAACAUUGCCUUAAAAGUUUAACCUAGUAGAAUGUAAGCUUUAUACUACUUUUUUACCAAGAGCUCUCUGAGAUAAUGCACUAAAGGAGACCAGGCAAAUAGCAAGCCAUAAGAUUCACAAGGUACAGCUUCUAAUUUAAAUAAAAUUAUUUUUCAUUAUUUCGCAAUGACAAAGAAAUCAUGAGAUUUUUAUUAAGCUCUGCCAACGUACCUCAGUAACAAUUCACUCCAAAGCGGCGGAAUUAAUAUGAUCCAAAGGAAGUUGUAAAUGCAGAAAUACAUUUAUACAUAGAUAUGUAUAAAAUGAGACUGACAUGAAUAAAUGAGCCUUGUGAAUGAAUCUUUCACCCGCUCUCGACUCGACCUGUUUUGUGUAAUGGCGGAGGUCUCUUCCGUUAACAAGUAGGCCAUAUAUCCGUCGCUUAUUUUUCUUUUUCUCGCCACCAAUAUCUGUUUUUAUUUCCAUUUUACAGAAUUGUAGUGAUCUGGCUUUCGUACUAGGUUUCAAUGUGAAGUUUGGGCUAACAUUUUGCCGCUUUUCUCCAGCCAUAGCCCACUUGUCAAGCUUCUGAUGCUUCGGAAACCUACAAAAUCAUCCUGUUUCCUUGAAGAUAUACGCGUCCCUUUUGAUUGCAAACAGAAAAUCACUACUAAACAUUAAAGGCAGAAGACAUCCCACGUAAUUGUAUUUAAAAAGAAGUCCGUACAAAGUUAUUUUAGGUGGAAUCCGCCCUUAACACUCUGCAAGUUCACUGAAAGUCUUCAUUUGCAAUUUUUGUUUAUCCUCCAACGCCUCGCUUUCAUGACUAGGCACCAGUUUUUUCCCGCGUGUCCGCCAUUUGUGAAUACAGUGUAUAAAGUUUAUAAAAUGACAUCCUGGCAGUGGGUAUCACUGAAUAGAUGCAAUAAAAAAUUGUUCUUUACUGCAGGAGGGCAAAACAUUGCAGAGGCACAAGAAUACAGGAAUUUUGUUGUUGGCAAGAUGUGUUUUGAGAUCAGUGAAAUUAUCCGAGUAUUGCAGUACACCACAUAUGAAGAGGAAGGUGGAGAUGAUCCUUUGAAUGAUAUGAAAAAAGCUGCAUCUCUUUUUGACAGCAACUUGGGUCCUGCCAUGAAAUGGGUUACCACACCCACUGAAUCAGCUGGUGGAUUAGGUAGGUCCAAAAAUGUUGAUUAACAUCAUUGCAAAGGUUAAUGGUAAAAAUCUGUUUUCCCUGAUUGAUAUCCCUCUUGUUAUAAACAUAUUUUUAUCUUUGCAUUAUUUUAUAUACUGUGCUUUGCUUUGCUUUUCAGCAUGUAAAAUUUAUUGAAUGAUAUGUUUAGUGCCACAUUGCCAUUUUUGAUUCAGAUGUUAAAGUAACUAAUAUUGCAAAAAAACCAGUGGUUUCCUCGUGACUAGGUUUUACUAUUUACUUGCGAAAAAUGUGUAACUGAUAAAUUUGCUUUAAUUGUUUUAAAUGACACUGUACUCUCUGUGAGAGUAGUGCCUAUCCACAAUCAGAUGUGAUUGUCAUAAAACAAACUCAGGUACAGUGUACUCAAGGUUAGGUGUAGCUGGGAAGAGACAAGAUAGGGGCUUUGCUUUGUCUAGGUUUUAACCUUAAAAAAAUAAAAUAACCGUUCAUUUGGAAAAUAUUACUUUGCUUUUUCUCAAGAAAUACCUGAAAAAAGCUGGAAAUAGCAUUCAGAGCUUUUAGAUUUCAAAAUUUGUUGGGGGACUUACCUCCAGUUUUUCCUAGUGGUUGGCUCAUUUGGUGAUAACAGAUCUUGCCUAAUCAGUAUGCAAAAAGUCUGCAAGUCUGCUUUUCUAGUUUUCUUGAAUCUUGACACAAGUGCCAUGUAAUUUUGAACUUAGGUGAGAAGGCUGUGAGGGAGUGUAUUGCACAAGGUCGAAAAUUUGCUGAUGCAUGUCAAGGACCUGACAAAGGAAGAAUAAGGAAAGUGUGCGAUGAUCUUGAUAGACUGAUGGGUGAUUUGGCACAGCUUAGAAAGCUGGGCAAGGUUUGUAGAAAGUCAUAUAAAUUUAUCUCAACGGACAGUUAUCUGGUAACAAUGCUUACAAGAAAUCUUCAUAUUAUGUAUGGUUAUUAAGGUCUACUGUUCUAACCCUGUAUAAUGUCUAUCUGUUGCUGUAAGGCAAAUUUGCCUGGUGCAAAUGCACUGAAAUAUGAGAUGUACUGUACUUUUAAUAAACCUGUAAUGAUUCAUGUUAUUAUAUAGGUACAUCAAACCUCUUAGCUGUUUUCAAGGUAGAGAUGCGGGUAUAAUUAACAUGAUUUAGUUACUGUAAUAUUAGCUUAUCAGAAGCCUUGACAAACAUUUAUACAAGCCUGUGAAGGGUCCAGACAUGUACAACCUGAUUACAAUGCUACUGAACUUGGUGUCACCUCAAGUAACUAAGAAAAUGUCAUGUUUUACAUCCAAAGGGUACAACUCCUGAAGGCCAAAGACUAAACAAAGAGGUAGCUCAGCGGUUGGAAGAUUUGAAUUCUCAAAUGCAGGAUGCAAUACUAGUUCAAGAACAGUCAGGUGUGCGUAGACCAGCAAACACAUUUGCUGGAAAAAUGGAUCAGGUGCAUCAGUGGAUGAACAACCCCUCCUCAGACCCUUCUGGCUUAGGUAGGUGUCCAAUUCAAUGUGUGUGUCAGUGUGUGGGUAUCCCUCCCUAUUUAUACUAUUGUAUCUAUCUGUGUGAUGGGUGCCUGUUCUCCCUUAUGUUUGAAGGUUUAUUGCUGGCCUGUAUCAGUGGAUGAACAACCCCUCUUCAGACCCUUUUGGCUUAAGUGGGUGUCCAAGUCAAUGUGUGUUUGUGGGUGGGUGUCCCUCCCUUUUUCUGACAUUUAUUGUGUUUGAUGGGCACCUGUCCUCCUUGAUGUUAGAGAUCUUAUGGCUGGGGUGUGCCAGGAUUUCCCAGGCUUGGGGGCUGGUGAGGUGAGGGGUUAGUCUCAAUCUAGGAGCUGGUUGCCAUGUCUCAUAAAACCAUUCAUCUGCCAUUUACCAAUGCAGUUGUUGACAAUGACCAUGUUUAUUAGUAUCUUGAACAUUUAUGCAUGCAGCAAGAAUUCAUAACUGGAAUUUUAUAUGCGAUACCGUUUUUUUCAUUUGGGAAUUGGAUGUGUUAUUCUUUGGCAGGUGAAAGGGCCAUACGUGAAUGCAUUGACCAGGGGCGAGCAAUCGCGGGCAAGUGCUCCGGGCCAGAGAGGAGUGCCAUUCUGCAACUUUGUGAUGAACUUGAUGACCUAACUAAUGAAAUUGCUGAAAUGAUGAGAAGAGGAAUGGUAAAAAUAAAUUAUAAGCAUAGUUGGAAUAUGAAAUGUCAAUUCAUAACCUGUGAUAAUUAGCUUGACAAUUUCCUCUUCUAGCUUCUCAGUAAUUGUUAAAUACUUGUUCCAUAAUUUAUGCAUAGUAUGAAGAAACUUGGAAUGUUAAAAUACCCUUCACAGAAAAUGGAAGAUACACAUCCAAAAAGUCCUGGAGGAAGUCCUCAGUCACUACAGAUGUAGGUUGCUGUAGCUUCAUUGAAAAUUCUGCAGGCAAACCUCUUGUUUGAGUUGAUCUUGAACAGACUGAAACUUUGAACAUCCACCCCAACUGUAAAACAAUGAUGUAGAGUGCUAUGGAACACAGCUGUGCCCUAAGGAAAAUUCUUGCAAGCUCAAAUGAAUACUCUGAACCUGAGAAGUCCUGGCAUAUGAGUUUUAUGCAAAAACUGAGCAAAAGUAAGAUGCUAUUGGCCACAGUCACUGUUAGAGCACAGCCUUAUGAAAGGCCAUAACCAAAACCCACAGAAAAAAAAAUGUUACAUUCAUUAGUGAGGUAAACUUUUCAUUGUCGUCAUAAUUAUUAUCACCAUCAUCGGUCAACUGCGUUACUGUUGGUUACAGGCUUUUGCUUUGAAUCGAAACCCAUUAACCAUGAGUGGGGUUCGUGAUACACCAAUCACUAACAGCCACGGGGGUGCAAAUAAUCUGACUCAGUAAAUUGACACUAUCGCCUGAUGAAGACCUGCAGUGUGCAGUCAAAACGUUGCAAUCAAUAUCAAAGUGACAAUCGUGACACAAAAGAUAAACUAAACCCUUUAUGUUCCAGUUGUGUCAUACUGACACCUGACCUUUUCUGGCAAUUGUGGGAGAGCUUCAUUGAACAGCCACAAAAGAUCAGCUUUAAUGUUCCACUGUGGUAAAAGAAGACCUGCAAGCUAGUAUAAUAACACCUUACCAGAAUUUUUCUUUGUUUCUUUGUAGGGUAACUCUCCACAAGCAGCUGCCAUUGCACAAAAGAUUGAAAAAAAGUUAGAAGAACUGAAUAACAAACUACAAAAUGGAGUUAUUGCCCAGGUCGCAGAAGAUUUUAUGGACACAACAACAAACUUGAAGCAGCUGGAGAAAGCUGCAAGAGCCCCACCUGGUAAUGGCCUAAAUUACAAUAAUGUAAAAUUCCUGUAAAUUAAGUGGUAAUUAGAUAAUUGGUAAAAAAAGCUUUGUUUGAUGUUUAGAUCCCUCCUCCGAUAACAGGAACUAACAAAACAAACACAUAUUGGUUGUAAUUAUAGUAGUGUUCCUGAAACACAGAGGCCACUACUGCUGUUUUCAGCUGUGUGAUCACUUGCUGCCAAAAGUCUUUUGUUUAACCUGCAGGGAGUAUUUUGUUCUGAUGUUUACAUUUAACCAUGAAAAGGACACUUCCCUGAAAAGGUCACCAAAAGUUUUUUCAGCUGUUUGUCAGUCCUUUUUUACUAUGCAGACACUUCGUAAGACAGAAACAUAGUGUCAAUAAUGGUGUCCCUUUUAGAGAGAGUUGAUUAUAUAUAUUACUGUUCAUGCUGUAGAUGUACCCGGACGUGAAGCUGAGUUUGAAAGCAAAGCAGGAGCUUUUGAAAAUCAGGCAAAUCAGAUAGCUGAUACUGCCAUUCAACUGGCUAAUGCUGGUGGAAAUACUAACAAAAGACUUCUGGAUCAGAUACGUCAAAAUGCUGAUGAAGUGAGUAUAAAUCUGAACUAAUCUAAUCAAUGAAAAUUGUGAAACAGAUAUUGUUUUUAUGUCUCUUCUUUAGUCCACAGAUGUCAGUAUCAUUCAUCUCAUGUUCUUGUCCCUCAUUUAUUUACUAUUUUCAUGGAAAAUUAAACUGACACCACGUCAAAUACAACUUUUGCCGGUUCAUUUCUUUGUAGUUUUGGCUGCAUACCUGCAGAAGUGUAGACAAACUAUAUUUGUUAUUUGUUUGCCUGUGGGAAAAAAAAAGCAUCAAAGCAUUUGCCUUACUUGCGUUACUGGAACUCUUGCUGUUAACACUAAUCAUUUGAUUUUGUAGAACAGCAACUGAAGGUAACUCCAGAUUUCAGCAUAUUAGAGGAGAGUCUGUCGAGCCCCUGUUAGGAUAAAAUUCUGACAAGCCGACAGGCAACUUGGCCGUGACGAUACCACAGUGUCACAGUGACGAUACCACAGCGACAUGGCUCCGUCCUCAGUACACCGCGAAAUGUCGUGUUUUAAAAUUCAGACUAGGGACGUACGUACCCCGCCGCCCAUUUCUUAGGAGGGCCUCAGUGGAUUGAAGUUUCAUUUAUUUUUGAAAAAUAAAUUCUAGUCUCAAAAUGUUCAGUGUUGUUGUCACGUGAAUUAGUCACGUGACAACAAAUGAUUAAAAAUCGCGGGAAGUUCAUAACCCCCAUCUCUAUUUUGAAAUGGACGCUGGCGACUGAUAACAAUGGCCUCCUUGAUUUUUUUUACAUUUAUCUUAUUUGUUUAUUAUUUACAGCUUAAAGAAUUGACCCCUCAAGUAUCUCAUGUUGCUAAAAUCCUGUUGGAUUAUGGAAAGCAUUCCCCGGGGGAUGUACCUGCUGUGUCUGUUCAUUUUGAAAGUAUGCGUGAUGGUUGGAAAGAUAAGAUGCAGGCACUGACAAACCUUGUGGACAGUGCUACAGAUACUGGAAAGUUUAUUGAAGCCUGCGGUAUGUACCAUGUCAUCAUUCAGUUCCUGAGUUAUUGUGGUUGUUUGCCAUUAACUUACAUGGUUCAAGUUUUGAGUGAAUGGUACGCAAAAUUCAGGACUGGUAAAUUUCUUCCGGGAACCACGUUUACAAUUUGUACAAAUCAGUUCCAUUAACCGACAAACCCUAACCCAAAAUAUCUGUAAACUUAGACCAUUUUUUUAAGUGAUAUGCCUUUGCCAACAUUUUCGUACUUUUUAUUUCAGAGGAAGCAAUUAAUAAAGAUGCAGAAAUGUGUAAUGCUGCUAUGGAACAAGGAAAUCCACAGGUAAUUUUAAAUAACUGUGCGGUUUUCACCUACUAUGUUAAUACUUUGACCUAUCGAAGUAAAACAGAUACUGACAGUGCAGUGAAGCAAGCAAAACUCGAAGCAAAUCUGCAAUAUAUAUAAGAUGUAUUGGGCGGCAAAUGAAGGGAAACUCGUGCUAGCAAGUCAUGAUUAGUUUAGGGCUUUGCCCUUUUCACCUUAACUCACUCAAACCUCUUCAUCCAGGUCGGGAUAUAAGGCUGCAAGCAUCACCGUAGUGGUGCGAAAUGUUUCAUAGCCAAUCACUAAACGUAGCAAUGUAGAACUAAAUACCACGGGAAAAGGGCAUAAGCACUCAAUUCUGGCCAAAGAUAAGAAACGCAAAAACUGGCUUCAUAAUAGAGACUUACAAGUCUCAGCUUUAUGCGUCGCGAGUGGUGCUGUAAGUUGGUUUGAUAUCUUAAAAGCAACAUGUCUGACAGGGAUGUGUUGGAAGCCGUUAGGAGUUCCACAAACGUUCACUUUGUAUUGUCAGAUAAAAAAAGUUCUUGCCUCACACAGCUUACGGUGUCAUUUUUCCCAAACCGUCGCUGAUUUACCCCUUUUUGCCAUCCUUUUCUUGUGAUUAGUUGCUGAUCGCGAAGAGUUCUAACAUUGCCCGUCGAGCCAAGAGAGUGGUGGACGUUGCUGAAGCUGAGAUGGAGAAUUCUUUAGACCCGGAUUACGUUUCCAAGAUGGGUGCCGCGAAAGACACACUUGCAAACUGUAAGUACAGGGUGGAGUAGAAGGGCAACCGACUCUGUAUUCCCUUUAAACUGACUUUCAGCCCACAAAUUUUGUUGACAACUAACAAUGUCAUCAAUAGAAAAGAGAUGUGUGACGUCAAAAAAAUUCAUGUUUGUGAAAUUAUGGGUGCCGGAUUGGUUAACAUAUUCAGAAAGAACAAGAUGAGAAGGGCUCCCCUUGCCAAAAAUCAUCCUGUUAGUGCAAAUUUAUGGGUUGAUAUAAGUACUGGUUUGCUCUGAUGACUCGAUACAAAUCCUUCUGGCUUGGAUCGUAACGUUAACGAUGCAGGGGCCUGUUUCUCGAACGGCGCGAUAACUUUUCGGAUUCAAAGGCAAAUUUUGAAAUCAAAACCAGUUGAGUAGUAGCAAAGUUCCUAGCUCACAAACCGCUCAAUUUUUCUUCGUUAACUGAUAUUUUCAUUGUAUCAUUUUCAAAAGUAUUGAAACUUUGAUCUUGAAUGAAAACACGGCAAACAUAAAACAGCUUUUCGGGCCCGAAAAGUUAUCGCGACUUUCAAGAAACGGGCCCCUUGCCUAUUUUAGAAAGAUUUAUAUGGAGUCAUCGGAGCAUGACGUUGCUUAUAUCUCCUCAUCAAUUUGCUUUAACAGGCUGANGCUCACAAACCGCUCAAUUUUUCUUCGUUAACUGAUAUUUUCAUUGUAUCAUUUUCAAAAGUAUUGAAACUUUGAUCUUGAAUGAAAACACGGCAAACAUAAAACAGCUUUUCGGGCCCGAAAAGUUAUCGGGACUUUCGAGAAACGGGCCCCAGGCCUAUUUUAGAAAGAUUUAUAUGGAGUCAUCGGAGCUUCAUCGGAGCAUGACGUUGCUUAUAUCUCCUCAUCAAUUUGCUCUAACAGGCUGAGUUUUGGCAAGGGGGCUAUUUUUUAUCUUGUUCUUUCUGAAUAAUAAUGCUAACCAAUCCCAUAAUAGGCGGUAGCUGACAUAAUGGAAGUUUGAGAAAAUUUGAUAACGAAGUGCAAAUCUUUGGGACUUAUAAUCUCAAUGUUAUUUAACCUCACAAAACGUUAAAAUGUCUAUUAAGGUCAACGCUAUCCUAGUCAAUUACUGCCAAUAACAUACAUCGUUUUCUCUUAUCAGCGAUCACUCCUUUGGUUAUCGAUGCUAAAGCUGUUGCCACAAAUCCUACGGACAAAAAUGCACACAAGAAAUUACGGGAAUCCACAAGAAAGGUACAAUGGGGUAUCAAAGAGGGCCGGGGAGAUUAUUUGUUGUUUUCAAAUGACGUCGUCGUUUAAAUGGCUGUUAUUAAAAAGGAAUUGCAGCCCUUGAUUAUGAGGGGAUUGCUGGCUUUGUAAAUUUCUCUCUUGCUCGCGUUUCUCGUUGUCAUAGCGUUUUAACGUCACGCUAAUGACAAUUCAUUCGCCUGACCUCCUCUCGUGUCUGCCGCCUUGGCAAGCCAUGACAACUUUGAAUCUGUGAAUUUUUACUUUGCUCCCAUUCAGCUUUUUACCCAGUAUUUGAGAGAGUCGAUCCAGUGUUAUUCCUUUAGGAAAGAAAUCCGUCGAAUCGAAGGGUAAUUCAGCUCUCCUAGUGAGGGCUGAAGUAAGUAAGUAGUCCGAUUAUGGGGUUCGAAUUUGAGUGGUUGUGUACGUUACUGUAAUUUUCAGCUGCAAGAUGCUGUGUCUGAUGUACGUGUUAUUGUUUGCGGUCCUUCCGAACCUGAAGAAGAAGAAUUUCCUCCACCUCCUCCAGAUAUUUCAGGACUUCAUAUCGGUGAGUAUCUUAAAACCUAUGUUGACCCACCGUGCAGUACUUUAUGAUGAAAGUGCUUUAGAUCUAGUUGUCUUUAAUGGCCUGCAUCAGCCAGGGAAUUGUAAUAAGACUCUGAGUGAGGGAGAGAAUCCAUUAGUUGUUUUACUUUUAUUCAUUCAAAGUAAUUCGAGCUUUAAAAGCAAGUUAAAACAUGCUUACCUCGAUCGAUUUUCAGUUACCGUCUUCGUUUCCGCCAUUUACCCUUUUUUGGGCAAAUUCAAGUCGUGUUUUACCAUAGCCAUUCUUGCUAUGUUGUUAGGCAGUAGUUCGUCUAUUUCUUCUUCCCAAAUCGUCUGAAAUUUUCUGCCAUUUUCUCGAGCUCCCGUCUCCAGGGUUUCCCGGUCACCGUCCCUCUUUCUGGCGAUAUCCUGUACCAUUGACGUCAUUUCACUGGAUAUCGCAAACGUCCUCCGAAUUUUGUCACCCCUAGAUGAUUAUGAAGAAUUAGCCGGGUGAUUUGAGUCAAUCAGAAAUGGAGAAAUAUUAUGAAUGCAUAGUAACUGUGGUUAUCAGACAGGACAGUGAUUUAUGCCGUGCAUAAGACAUGAGCCUUUGUUCUGACGUCAUUUUGUGUUUUAUAUUUAUUAUCACUUUUUUUUUCACUGGACAGAGACAGCACCUGUUCAGGAAGUGCCUCCUCCCCGCCCACCCCUCCCUACAGAGGCCACUGCGCCACCUCCUCGCCCACCCCUCCCAUCUGAUGAGAUGGUGGAAGUUCAACAAGUUUUAGAACAACCACCCGAGGACAACAGAAUGGCGGUACGUUUGUCACUUACAAGUUGCAACGAUUGUUCUCAAUUCUCCACUUUGGCAUUGCCCAUAAUCAACUUGUUUAACCCUCCCCCCCCCGCCUCUUCAGUUUGCCUAAGCGUUGUUUUCGAUGUCUCCUGGGUGUUACAGCUGUCCCAAGAGAAAAUGAAGGAAAUAAUUCUAAUCUCACAUAGUGUGCUGUUUUUGCGCCCCAAAGUUUGCAUAAACUGUUGUUUUGCAAAUGCUUCUGGCGGGACUGCAUUUUCCCGAAAGCAUUUAAGAGCUAAAUUUUACGCAUUUUUUAAUCUCUUUUUUUGCGAGGGGGUGGUGGGUGGUGGGGGGCAAACAGAGUGUAUUAAAUAAUCGAGAUAGGGAGGGGGCAAACAAGGUGUAUAAUGGGCAAUGAGAAUGUCGCAAAUCGGAAAAAGUAGUCAAAUCUGCCUUAACGCGGUCGCUUCAAACGUCAGAAGGGCCGCGUUGACGUACGCGUGUUUCAUUUUACUGGCGUUUCCACAGCUGCUGCAGGACGUAUUUACAGAAUCACCCAGAAACCGCUUGAAAUGUGGAAAUUCUGAAACGCACCGUUCAAACAAAUUCCGUUCGGGAAUUUUCGACUGCCUUGCGAGAAAGCCUCCCAAAGUUAAGUUAGGAAUUUGGGUUGUAACCAAGGGACAAUAUAAACAGCAUCCCUUAGGCGGUUAAUUCAGUAAGUCACGACCUUGAAGAGACCUUUGAAUGAUUAAGUCUUUUGAUAUUUUAGAUGGCGGCCCAUCAUUUACACAGAGAAGCACUCAAGUGGGAAGAGGAAGGAAACGAGCUCAUUCAAGCUGCUAAGAAGAUGGCCAUCCUCUUCGCUAAGAUGUCACAAUUCAUGAGGUAAAAUUGACAUCAGCAAGAAAGCUAGGGGAGAUGGGUGGGGUGCUGUUUGCUCCGCGAAACCCAUGGUCAACGUUAUCGCAACUCAAGCUCCUUAUUGGACAACACUGCUUAGUUGCACAGGGACCGCAGUUUUAGUAGGAAAGAUUGUAUGUGCUUGUUAACAGAUUAUUCCUUUGAUUUAUGGUCUAUUGGUUCUCUUUUUUCAGGGAUGCAGAAGAAGGCCAACCUCAGCGUUCUAAGAAAGAGCUGAUCGCAUUAGCAAAGGAAAUAGCCGCAGCAAGCAAAGAAGUGUCUGCUUACUCGGCAAAGAUUGUUAAGAACUGUCCUGAUAAGAGAAUCAGUCAGGUGAGUCAGGAGAGGAGUGAAAACUUGGAUUAAGUGGGAAUGAAGAUAAUGAAUAGUGCAUUCAUAGUGGAUCUUUUCGGUUAUGGGCUGAAGCAACAAAUGUGCGUUCUUUUGAGGUUUCUCAUAGCUUUUCUUUUGUUAUUUAGACACUAGCACAGACAAUUGAAAGAAUACCUACCAUCAGUACACAACUAAAGAUUGUUGCCACUGUCAAGGCCACCAUGAUUGGAGCUAACGGUAAGCCGGCCUUCAUAUUUCUCGUAGAUCAGUUNGAAGGCCAACCUCAGCGUUCUAAGAAAGAGCUGAUCGCAUUAGCAAAGGAAAUAGCCGCAGCAAGCAAAGAAGUGUCUGCUUACUCGGCAAAGAUUGUUAAGAACUGUCCUGAUAAGAGAAUCAGUCAGGUGAGUCAGGAGAGGAGUGAAAACUUGGAUUAAGUGGGAAUGAAGAUAAUGAAUAGUGCAUUCAUAGUGGAUCUUUUCGGUUAUGGGCUGAAGCAACAAAUGUGCGUUCUUUUGAGGUUUCUCAUAGCUUUUCUUUUGUUAUUUAGACACUAGCACAGACAAUUGAAAGAAUACCUACCAUCAGUACACAACUAAAGAUUGUUGCCACUGUCAAGGCCACCAUGAUUGGAGCUAACGGUAAGCCGGCCUUCAUAUUUCUCGUAGAUCAGUUAUUUUUUAUUUACUACGUUUUAUUGAUAGCAUUUAAGACAGCGACAAAAACUCAGUCUUGGGUUAUGUCCGAUCGCUCUUCCUAUGUAAAAUAAACGGAUAUUAAGGGGCCCUUAGACAGUGUGUUGCAGCUAUGCUCUUGAAUAUUGGAGUGAAACAGUGAUUUAAGAAGGGACAAUAAUGGCUUCCUUGUGAUCAGUAAUUAGAGAAAUUUAUACUGUAGAGGAAAAGAAGCCACUCUGAACCAACCUUUUGUGCCUUUCAACUAUCGCUUAUUUCCCAUCUAUCUAAAAUGUCUUUUGCUUUCUCUUUUUAUUUUUUAAAACAUCUUCAACAUUUUGUUAGGUACGUACAAGCUUACAGGUAGCUAUGCCCCCGGUUGUCAAAUUCAUCAUAACUCAGGCGUUCGAAAGCGGUUGCGAUUAUGAAAAAGUUUUGCCAGGAGUGAUGUUUAUUUCUUUAGUACUAUUGUGGUAUCAGUUGGUUACUCGAAAAAUGUAUGACCUGUUUAGUAAAGUUACACUUUAUAACUGACUUUUUACACUUUUCAGAUCCUAAAGCGGACAUGGAAGCUACUGAGACUUUAGUAGGAUGUGCAGAAAACUUAAUGGGUGCAGUGCGGCAAGCCGUGAAGGAAACCGAGGCAGCUUCUGUAAAGAUGCGCUCUGCUGCAAUUUCAUUUAAGAAAAGAUAG